CUAACGAAAUGCGAUUAUACGGGUGAACAACUUGAGGUAAACCUAAAUUUCUCCUUAAAACGGGGUCAUAUCAUGGUACCGUCCUCCGUUAACUGACCAGUCGUCUUUCGAUCGUUCAUCGAGUAUUAUCAAUAGGAAGAAUGUAGAUGUAAAUUUGAUUUUGAAUGGAAAAAAAAAAGAAAAUGAAGAUCCAAGGAUUAUCGAUCGUUCAAACAUUAUUGUUAUUUCUUAUAUAUUCAUUAUCGGAGUCUAAAGUGAACGUAAUAAAUCAUCAGGAUGAUACGAAGAUCAUUCUAAAAGAUCAAGAAACGAUGAGAGAUCUUGAGACAUUGUUGAGACAAGCUGUGAUAAAUACCACGAGUACGACGUCGACUGAUAUAACAGCAACCAGACAAGGACCUUGUCAAUGUGCACUAGGUGUUUGUGGUUGUUGCUCGAGAAUAUUAUUUUCCACUUGGAAACAAAAGGCAUGCGUUAACGUGACUUAUGAUCCGGAUGAGUUCAGUUUUACUGCUAACGUUCUGAUGAACGACAGGGUUCUAUACACCAGAACAAUUUCCGGGAAAAAUCCUAGACCAAUUUGCGUGCCCGUACCAAGGAUACCGUACAUUAGGGCCUGUGUGAGAUUUUAUAAUAUAUUCUUUCAAGGUAGAAAUAUACAUCUCUGUAUCAACAUGGAAGGAAAGUUUAGAGAUACAACGUUGUUCAAAGUUGGAUUAGAUUGCAUCCGAUUUGGUUCAAAUGGUUUAGCUCAUAUAAAACCGGAAGAUGGGGGUGGAUUAGGCCAAGUCGAAAUUUUUCCAGACGAUGACGACACCGAUUAUAAUGAUGAUUACGAUGACGACGAUGAUGAUGACGAUGAUGACGACGAUGAUGACGACAUAUUAGAUUUUUAACAUAAUUGUUAUUAUUUACAUACGU